UGUGCGGAUAUAAUAGCUUUCCGCUUCAUAAUAAGGCCUGAAAAUCCAUAUGAAAAAGAAUGGUGAAAAACUGGAUUUCAAAUUUAAUUCUCUAGGCCACAAGAGCAAAUCUUCUUCCUAAUAACUAACUUUUACUGUACACUCCACAUGCGGGAAACCAAGAGAAUACAAUCAUUCUUUUACAUUUAUUUUUUUAAAUAUUCGUUUUUCCAGAUCCAGAAACAUGUUAUUUAUUGCGUUCUGUAGAAGACAAUAGUUUCUAAUUCUGUAUAAUAUUAAAUUUAUUUAAGAGUAUCAUUAAUUCUUUUUAUUAGUAUACUUUUAAUAGUAUUUGAACAAUAUUUUAUAACUUAUAGAAUUCAUCAUCAUUUGUUGGAACCCAUCAUGAGUUUUAAAACUGAUUCUUUAGAGCCUUUAUCUUUAUCUUAUCAAGAAUAUACGGACAAUAAUUGUUUAGGAGAUUUUUAUUCUACAAAAAAUAUUUCUAAAAAUGAAAACAAACAUGCACUUCAAAUUACAAACUUUAAAAAUAUUUUAAAAGACAAUAAUAAUGAAUUGGAAUUGUCUCUUUUAUUACACAAUAAUGAUUAUAACAAUACUAGAGAAUUUAUUGGCAAUUCAAUUUCUGAUACCAACAACAUUAAUUUAGAUGACAAUGAACCAGAUAGCACUGACAUUUUAUCAGUAAAAAAAGCAAAUGAUGGUAUAUGUAAACCUGAUGCUGUUGAUGAAAGUUUUAUUCGUAGUCUUAUUGAAGCUGCAUAUAAAGAAGAUGAAAAUGAAAUUUCUAAAAAAAACUUAAAACCAAGGGCUAUGUCAUCUCCAAAUCGAGAAAAGAUAUAUAUUCGGGAGUUAUCUUAUGAUGAAUUAAAGGACAUGGAUGAUUUUGACUUGAUGGCUCCUGUUUAUCUUGCUGUGACGGAUGAAGGGGCUGAUAAUCUCCAAGAUUUAAAGAGAGCAUCUAAGUCUAUUGAAAAUCUUUGCAGCGCAACCUUAGAGAAUGAAAGAUCAUGGGAAGAUGAACUUAAAUCCAGAAAAUCUUCAAAUGAAUCUGUUGUAGACAACUUAUCUAGUUACAAGAAUUGCUGUGAAUCUAUUUUAAGUGAUGCAUAUAACGAAUCAAUUGAUGACUCCUUAGAAGAUCAGGCUUUUAUUGAGGUGCUUAAAAAUCAUACAUCGUUUGAUGAUGAUAGUGGUGUCACAUACCAUUCAGCAAGCUCUUUAGAUGAACCUAAAGAUAUUAAUGUUCCAAGUUGUGUUGAGGAGGAACUUGGAAUGGGUUUACGAAAUGGUUUUGCAUUUCAAAAGUUGUGUAGUGAUAAUGAGAAAAUGUCAACAUUUUGGGAGUAUUCUUAUGAACAAUCAAACUCUGAAAAUAGUGAUACAACAUUUGUAGUAGACACUUUCAACAAUAAAUCUAUCAACACCUCACCUGAGUCUGCCUUCAAUAUCCGUGGUGAAAGAUUUGUUAUUGUAAACAUUGCUGGACAACAUCGCGUAGUAGACUUGCAGUUAAUAGAACAAUAUGUUAAGUUAAUUUCCCAUGGAGGAGACCAUUAUGUCAAUGAUGAAAGGCGUGUCAUUAUUGUAAUUAAUGCAUAUCAUCUUCCUAAAGCUAACAUUGAAAAUUAUCGAAUAAUAAUGGAGCAGUUAUUCUACUACUGCAUCCACGCAGUUACCUUGCUUGUUAUAGACACCUAUGAAAUAGUGUUUUUUAACUCAAAUGUUUCUGCAGAGCAACGACCUAAUCGUGAUUGGAUUAAGAAUGUGUAUAGUUUUAUUCAGUACAGGUUUCGAAAACAACUGAAAAAAGUUUAUUUUGUUCAUCCUUCUUUGUGGCUUAAGGCAAUGAUAAAGUUUUGCAGCCUUUUUGUCAGCUCAAAGUUUAUGAAAAAGAUUAGAAUUAUUCGAAAUCUUCAAACACUUAGGAAAUAUAUACCAACUGAAUAUAUUUUUAUUUCUCCAGAGAUUCAAAAAGUCGAUAAAAUGUUUUGCUAAUAGAAAUUUUCAUUAACUGCUGGAAUAGUGAAGUUAUUAACUGAAGUGAAGUUACGUUUCAUAUAACGUUUAAUGUUGAAUAAAUAAAAUGUUUUGUUUAGUUAAUAUAUACAUUUACAUUUUGUUUAGUUAAU